AAUGGUUGCUUUGGAGUGACGUCAGGGUAGUUGUUUGGAAUGACGGGAGCUAGCACUGGCGAGAAGGCCGCGCGCAUAGACGGAGCUGAUUAGCUUCGAGUGUAUUUCAAAGCAUCAAGGUCGUCGAUUACUCUGGGUUACAGGACUGACCUCUCCCAUCCCCCUUACCCCUUUUGAGCGAGAGAAAGAGAGAGACAGAGCAUGGCUCAGGAGACCAAUCAGACGCAGGUGCCCAUGCUUUGCACUAUGGGCUGCGGUUUCUAUGGUAAUCCUCGCACCAACGGCAUGUGCUCGGUCUGCUACAAGGAGCACCUGCAGAGGCAACAGGGAGGGGGUCGUUCCAGCCCCCCAGGUGAAAAAGCCUCCACGUCGCCAGUGGGAUCCCCAGGAGCUUCAAGUGUGUCUGCAGAGAAUAUUCCAGCACCUGUCACAGAAGCGGCUGUCCAGCCUGAAGAAAGGACGUCGAGUAGUUCGCCCAGCCCAGUAACCCAACAGAUGACGGCCAUGAGCAUCUCCCAGGACAGUGGCGCCACCGAUUCAGACCGGGCCGAAGUGGAGGAGGAGGAAGAGGAGGGCUCGUCUAAAUCGUCAGAAGCAGCUGGAGAGUCAGCGCAGACCUCCUCAGAUGGAGACCAGACCCCCGACAAAAACAAGAAGAAGAACCGCUGCUUUACCUGCCGGAAAAAAGUGGGCCUCACAGGCUUUGACUGUCGCUGUGGCAACCUUUUCUGCGGCAUCCACCGUUACUCUGACAAGCACGACUGUCCCUACGACUACCGAGGUGCCGCGGCGGCCCGCAUCCGCAAGGAGAACCCCAUCGUGGUGGCCGAGAAGAUCCAGAAGUUAUGAGGACUGACUUGAGGGGCAAGAGAACCUGAACGAUAUGAAAUGGCAAACAAACAAACACAGCGUUUGACCUGCAAGUUUGGAAGCAAUGGCGGCACAGAAUAAUACCUGAUAAAAUGGCUUCAUUUAUUCAUGGUAGGCUAAGGUGGGUGGGCUUUGCAGUGUUACUACAGCCCAGGGCCAGCCGUUCCCCUCACCGCUCUCUCCCUUUCUCUCCUGGAUUGGACGCGUGAAUGAAUGAAUGACCGACUGACUAUUUUGUGUGAGUGUGUGCGUGCAUGUGUGUGUGUGCCUUCGAGAGCCAGGGAGAGUACAGUCGGGUUUAGUGGACUGUAGUCUGUUUUUUGGGGAGGGAAGACAUUUAGAUUUGACCUUUUCACCUUUCUUUAUUUGUCCUCUUUUUGUUCUUGUUAUUUUUGCGGGAUGCCAGAUGGUUUUCAGUUUUAUCCCUCAGCGGUAGUUAUGAGAUAACUGGGAUGCGCUAACCAGGCAUGGACUGAGACCCAGGAGAUGGGGAUUUGGGCAGAGUGUGAGCUUUAGGGGUUGUGGUAGCAGGCCAGCAACAGCUUGCUAUGAUAGAGCCAGGUUUCACUACAAGCAUUUGCUGACACCAGAACUCUCAAAACAAGAAGCCAAUAUCCAGCCCACUAUCACGUCGGCCCCUCCUAUCCCUUCCUCCCUCCCCUUUUAUUUUCUUUUCUUUCUUUUUUGUUUUGAUUUAUCUAGUGAAUUAUUAAGUACCAUGUCAGAUAUCCCCAUCCUGUUCAUUUACAAAAACAAACUGUUUCUGUCUGAUAUAUUGACUUAUCAUACUUCAUACUAAUGUGGGGGUGCAUGGACUGCUUCAGGAGGGAGGGAGUGGGGAUUUUGGCAGUGUGUUGCGCGAUGCGAGAGAGCCUUGAGUGAGUGACUGAGUGAGUGAGAUCAGUUAAUUUUGUUUUUUUCUUCUUCUACUUCUUCCCCCCUUCCUUUCUGUUUUAAUGAGCGUAUGACUUCAGAAGAUCUAUAUUAAUAUAUUGUAGUUAGCUUGAAUUGUGUGCUUGCAUUCUAUUUAUUUUUUAUUAUCAAUUUGGCUGAUUCUGGAGGAUUGUCAGCAUGUGUCAGGAAAAGAAAAAAAGAUUUGUUUAUUCUUAGUCUUUCAAUCAUAUUCACCCUUUUCCAUCUGAUUAUGUAACCAUUUGAAGCGAUGUAUACAAAUAGCAAAAGGCGAUUAUGGGUAUGGUCCUAUUAAUAUCUUCACUCAAUAUGAGGGGGCUGGGCAGAUUUGAUACAUUAGUCUCCAGAUCAAAGCACAAAACAGUAACAGAUGUUUUUUCUCUCUCUAUCUCAGCACAACAGCAAUAUAGAAGUGCAAAAAAAAUGUGACGUGUACGGAGGGUUAGGAUUAGCAGGCUUACUGGCUAGCUGAUGUGUGAUGGAUGGCUUACGGCACCCCUGUGUGUGAUGUAUCUACAAAAGCACGGAACUAAGGGACAACCACAGCAUCUCUCUGUCUCUCUACCCUCCUCCUUCAUGUUUGAUUUUUCACCAGCAGACCAAUGAAUGAAAAACCGACUCGA